AUGAACGAUGUAGAUUGGAAAAGUUUGCUCAUAGGCAACACUACACGACGAAGGGCGAAAAUUAUUCUUUGGCUAGCCUGCCAUGGCAGACUAGCAACCAAGGACAGGUUGAUGAAAAUAGGUGUGAUUAAGGAAGAGAAUUGCAAAUUUUGCGAUGAUAGGGAGACACUGCAGCAUCUGAUGUUUGAAUGUAGUGGUACAAAAGGGAUUUGGGGGGCUGUUUUGGACUGGCUCCAUAUUGAUAAAGUUGUUCAUGGCUGGGGCCCAAGUGAAAGAUUGGGCUAUAAAAUCUGCAAGAGCAAGAGCUGGAGAAGACAUUUCUUUAAGGUUGCACUGGCUGAGACAGUGUAUGCUGUGUGGUGUAGUAGAAAUAGCAAAGUAUAUUGUAAAAGAAAUUUGGAUAGAAACAUAGUUGAUCAAAUUAUAGAAAAUAUAGUUAAUAGGGUUUUGGGCAUUCCUAAACUUAGAGAGAAACUAGCUAUUCUUUUGAUGUAA